AUGUUGGUCCCCAACGAACAGGUUGUGGAGAGUAUACCUCUGAAUUGCAUAGUUAAGCCUCUUGAAGAACCAGAGAACAUGACCAAUAUUAUUCUUCAAGCUCUGGAAAUAACUGGACAGAGAGGCGUCAUCAACCGAGGCUGGGGUGGCCUUGGUAAUUGUGCAUCAUGGGGUUGCUGGGACAAUACUGCUGCUGGUCUGAAAGCUGCGGUAACCGAUAAUGCUAUAUUCUUGGGGAGUCUUACAUUUAUAAAUGAUCCAGUUACUCAUUUUUGGCUCAUAUUCUCUGUUCUUUUUAGUGUCCAACCACAAUUGUACCAUUCUUUGGGGACCAGCCAUUUUGGGGAUUGGGGACCGAAGGUUGAUGUUGAUGUUUUUUGUUUUCUUGACCUUGCUUCAAAUUAUGAACCCCCAGAUUCACUUGCGGAGUGGCUUGAAGCUGGUGAACAGCCUGUCCAUAUUGGAUUUGAUAGCCUUGUGAGUUUGUUGCAGCUUUCUCUAUUCAUGUUUAAUAUUAUUUUCCCAGUUCUAUCCCAGAGUAGCUUUGUGUAG